GUGGCCGCUCGGAGGGCCAUGGACGACGAGGAGGAGACGUACCGGCUGUGGAAGAUCCGCAAGACCAUCAUGCAGUUGUGCCACGACCGCGGCUACCUGGUGACCCAAGACGAACUGGAUCAGACAUUGGAGGAGUUCAAAGGCCAAUUUGGGGAUAAGCCCAGCGAGGGGCGGCCGCGGCGUACAGACCUCACCGUCCUGGUGGCCCACAACGACGAUCCCACCGAUCAGAUGUUCGUCUUCUUCCCCGAGGAGCCCAAAGUCGGUAUCAAGACCAUCAAGAUGUACUGUCAGCGGAUGCAGGAGGAGAACAUCACCAGGGCACUCAUUGUGGUGCAGCAGGGCAUGACCCCCUCUGCCAAGCAGCCCAAAAAAGAAUUGACUAAAAUUCAGCGACUGGAAAUUUUCACUGUGUUUGCCAGAACACGCUCUUCUACUCGCCACCGAUUCCUGUUAGGUGAAGAAGGAUUUCCUUUUGUUUGUUUUGAAACUGCCACCGUCAAACUUCAGUGGGUAUCUUAG